CGUUGGAACCAGUCGAGAGAUUCUUUUUUUUCUUUUUGUUGGAACCGGUCAAUAUCUCUCGACUGUGAUCUCUCUCAAAAUCGGUUAUGUCAUUCGAAGGUAUACAUAUAAAUAUUUCUGCUACGAACUUCAAUUAGUCUUGACAGUUGAUUCAUUGUGAUAAUCAAUAAGUUGGAUCUGUUAAUGAGUAGGAAUCUGAUUCUCGAUUGGUUAAUGAAUCAUCAAUAAGUUGGAUCUGUUUUGAUUGUGCUUAUCUAGCUUAGUGACGUGUUAGAACCUCUGUUUUUCUGAAUUUCCUUAUCUUAGUCAACACUAGGUAAUGGAUACGUGGCGAACUCCGCUGUUGACACAGUGUUCGUCUGUAUCUCGUUGGGGGUAUAUUUGGAAAUGAUGUUUGAUGAAACUCUUAAGACUUAUCUGUUCGAGAGUUUGGUAUGUGGACACUGUAAGAGAAAACAGACGGGAAUCGACGAGAGCUUCUUGUGAAAAUGAAAUUCAUCGAAAUGCUUAGAAAAAGUCGUAACCAAUUCUGAUUCAUCUUGAGUGUUUCAAAGUGAUGAAUUUCAUGUUAUAAUCUACUGAUUUCCAUGGAGAUUUGGAAGUAAUCAAAGAAGGGUUUUUCUUUGUUCUUGUUUGAUGGUUAAAGGUUGUACUAUGAAUAGGUGUCUUUGAAUUCAGUUGGCGGAUUGCGAAGUUUGAGGUUUGAGUAGCGGUUGAGUAACAGGUAGCUCUGAUGUAAGUGGUGUUGGUUCGGCCGAAGGAGAAAUUGACGUUUGGGUCGAUUAAGUGGACUUAACUUAUGCUCUUGUGAGAUCGUUGCUGGUCUCAGUGUUAUUUUUUUACAGUCUUGUAACUUCUGAAGAGUAUGGCAGAAAAUUCUGAAAAUCACAGUUUGGGAGGUGGAUCAGGUCAGCCGAUUGAGAGUAGUAAUGUGGAGCUAUAAUGAAGUCAAUGGAAGAUCUGAGGAAACACCAACUAUAUAUUAUUGGAAGAAAGGCUUGGAAUUUUUCCUCCAAGACAAAAUUCGGGGAGUACAGGCCAGACUUCAAACCAAGGAUAUUUGAUCAUGCCGGCACGAAAUCAAAAUCAACUUGGACAGUUACUUCAACAGUAUGCAAAGCUCGCUCCAGAGGAAUUCAAUGGCAGUCCACCAAAUCCUGAGAAGGCGAAAGAAUGGUUGCAACAUGCAGAACAUGUUUUAGAACAUGUAACCGAUGAUAGAGUUAUGUGGGUCAAGUUGGAGGACCAACACGAGAUUGGUGGAAGGCAGUAAUGAAAGCGGAUGGUGAAGUAAUGACCUGGAAUAGGUUUAAAGAUUUGUUUAUGGACAAGUAUGUGCCUGAUGCAGCAAGAGAUAAAAAAAAUUCUGAAUUCAUGUCACUAACGAAGGGUGGUAUGUCCGUCAGUGCUUAUAAUGAUAAAUUCAUAAGGUUGUCGCGAUACGGAGCGGAUUUGAUAACCACUGAUGAGGUUAAAGCGAAGAGGUUUAUCAGAGCAUUGGAUCCCGAGAUGCGAAAGCACCUCUCAUGUUUACGAAUCAAGACUUACGAGGAUGCUUUGAAUCGGUCUCUUGAUUAUGAAAAAGAGAUGGAAGAUCAACUUGCAGCACGGGUUAGAGAGAGACCACAACAGCUUUUAGCAAGAUCAGGUCCAGCAAAGCGGCCAAUGUUAUCAGCGUCUAACCAGAUAUACUUCAGACCACAAGUAAGACCAUGGUCAGCAGGAUCAACAUCAUUACCACCUAAAACACGUCCACCUACAGUUAGACCUCAAGGGAGAUGGGUACGUUUUCAUCAAGUACGCCCGACUGCACAAGCAAGUUCUAAUUUGAAUUCUUACAAUUGUUUUACCUGCGGUGAAGGGGGCCAUAUCAAGAAAGAUUGUCCAAGGAACCUCUCAACAAGGUUAAAUCAACAAGGAGCGGUAUAUGCAAUGGAGUCAGUAGUAACUCCUAAUCAAGAAACAUUAGAGGAGAGUCAAGUGUUCUACACAAUGGUAAAAGGGGAUGGUUCGGCGACCGAUCAAGUAGUUGAAGGUAAAAUAUUAUUGUUCAAUCAUCUAGUUCAUGUAUUGAUAGAUACUGGUUCUACUCAAUCGUUUAUUAAUCUCAGCAUAGCAACUGAACUAGGGUUAGACAUGGCAUGCAACAACAAAUUAUUAGCUUUGGCUACACCAUUAGGGAGAAAAACCUUUCCUUUUCGAGUAUGCAAGAAGUGUGUGAUGAUGGUUAAUGACCAAGAAUUAUUUGCAGAUUUGGUAGUGUUAGAGAUGUGUGGUUUUGAUGUCAUAUUAGGUAUGGAUUGGGUAGCUAAAUACCAUGCUAGUGCGGAUUUUUAUGCUAAAGUAGUUACAUUUCAUUUGCCUGGUCAAUCUCCAUUUGCUUUUGUGGGUUCUGUUAAGUCACAAAGUCUGUUUCAGAAAUUGGAAAAGGCUGGUGGUGAAAAUGGGUUUGGUCUGCUUGCUUGUGUCACUGAAGAUACAGUGACAAUAGAGUAUAUUCUGGUAGUGUGUGAAUUUAAAGAUAUAAUUCCAGAUGUUUUGCCAGGGCUACCUGAUGUAGUUUUUAAGGGGUAGUAAAGUUCGUUCAACUCGGAUUGUGUGGACUCGAUUUUAGACUCCAAUUAAAAUAGAAAACUUGAAG